GAUACGUCUUUUCAAGUGAUAUCAUCUAAGUAUCAGCUAGUAUAUUGUUAAAAACAAAUUCGAUUGUGAAAAAUAAUAAAACAAGUCACACAACUUAUUAAUACGUAAAAUGAAACUGAUUAUCAGUAUUUCGCCAAUUAUCACAAUUUUAUGGAUUCUGGUUAUGAGUAAUCUAGUUUGCAGUAAAAGGCUAUUGAUUAUUACUCCAGUUCCAUCAUAUAGUCAUCAGAUAGUACUUCAAACAAUAAAUCUUGCUUUGAACAAGCGGGGACAUGAGAUAGUCACAUUGACUCCUAAUAUCUUAAGCAAUCCUAAUAUAACUAACUACACGGAAAUACACUUCCACAGAAAUAAACUAAAUAGUUUUGAAUAUGAAAAAAUUGCUAAUAUUGACAUAAGUCAAGUUCGUUGGAAUCUUAGACUAUUAGCAGAAUUGAAGAUAAGGGCACAGUUGCUAGGUCAUGAUAUUGCGAAUAAUGUUCUCAGUCAUCCUGAUCUUAUGAAAUAUUACGCGAAAGGAACUAAUGCAAAAUUUGAUGCGGUGAUAACGGAAAUGUUUACUCCUGCGACCUACAUGCUAGCGCACAGAUUUAAUGCUCCUUUAAUAGGUAUUCUGACUUUGGGUUUGCAAAAUUACCAUCGUUUUAAUUUGGGCAGUCCUGUACUAUCAUCGCAUUCUUCGAAUUGGGAGCUCAAAAAUCAUACAGGAUUAAACCUAUCAUUUUGGAAGCGAUUGGAGAAUUUCAUCAAUACUUGGUGGGAUAUAUACUCAUGGUAUAAUGAUUUCAUAUAUAAUCAACAAAAGAUAGCCGAAAAGUAUUUUGGACAGGAUAUACCGUAUAUUACCGAUGUCGCAAAGAAUAUGAGUCUUAUUUUGAUCAAUCAAGAACCAUCGUUUGCAUAUGCGAGACCCGAAAUACCUAAUGUUAUCCAUUUCAGCGGAAUACAUAUUGCAAAGACACCGCCAUUAUUACCGAAAGAUUUAAAAAAAUUCUUGGAUGAAGCGACAAAUGGCUUUAUUUAUAUUAGUCUGGGAUCAAUCAGGAAAAGUCAAUUAUUGCCGCCGAAAAUUCUGGAGAUAUUUGUAAAUACCUUUGCUAACUUGAAGUAUAAAGUAUUGUGGAAAUUCGAGAAUGAUAACUUCGAUGUUCCUUCAAAUGUUUUUACCUCGAAAUGGGUUCCGCAGCAGGGUGUGCUGGCUCAUCCAAACAUCAAGCUCUUCAUUUAUCAAGGCGGACUACAGAGUACCGAAGAAGCGGUUCAUUACGCCGUCCCACUCAUAGGAAUACCAUUUCUCUUCGAUCAGGUGUGCCAUGUUAUGAAAAUGGUUUCUCUGGGAGUUGCAAGAUACCUAGACAUAGUCCAGCUUACGACAUCGGAAUUGCACGACGCUAUAUUGGAAGUCAUCGAUGAUAAGGGAUACAAAGAUAAGAUGUUAGAGCUACGUGCUCUCACAAAGGACAAGCCUUAUGAUAGCUUAGAGAAUAUUAUAUGGUGGAUCGAGUUCGUAAUGCGUCACAAUGGCGCACCUCAUUUACGUUUCAAUAGAGUCGAUACCGCGUGGUAUCAGCAAUUCGAUUUCGACAUUAUCGUAUUCCUGACGAUAACAUCAUUUUCAGUUUUAUGCGUUCUUUUAAUCAUUAUAGGAUGGGUUUCAAAGAAGGUAUAUACGUAUUACGAUAUAGGAAAUAGAUGUCCACUUCGUAAAUGGAUUAGAAAUAAGAUGAAAACGGCAUAAUUAAGUUUUGUAAAUUAAAAGAACAAGUUAUCAUUGCAUAAAUGUCUUUUACAAAGUAAAUAUUAUAUCAAACUAUGUGAAAUAGUCGUGAAAGUGAACCGCUUUCAUCCCUCACUUUCAUGUGGAUUUUACAAUCAUACUCAUACGAAAAGUAGAGAAACAAGAAACUCGAAGAAAGUGAGGGCAAUUUUCGGCAGAAACGCUGUGAAUAUAAAACUGGUGGUUAAGUGAAAUGGAUUUUGUAGACAUACGAAAUUGCAUCCCGAGAUCCAUUAUGUUCAUUUGCAUACUCAUAGAAUUACGAGAUAUUAAAUUAUAAAAAGUAAAAGAAGACUAAACAAAAAA